AUGACUGGCCGUGAACUCCAAGUUUUAUUCUUCCCGUUGAUGGCCCCCAGCCACAUGAUUCCAACACUGGACCUGGCCAAACUAUUUGCUUCUUCAAAUGGCGUCAAGUCAACCAUAGUCACCACCCCUUACAACCAACCCUUUUUCUCCAAACCCAUACAAACACAAGCCCACAUCGAGAUCCGUCUCCUCCCGGAGUUUCCCGGCAUUCGGGCCGGCUUGCCGGGGGACUGCCAGCGACUCGAUCACGUCGCGAAGAACUUCCCAGGUUCUUCGAGGCAUGCGCUUUGCUCCACGAGCCAUUUGAGCAGCUCCUGGAGGAGAUCCGCCCGCACUGCGUGGUCGCGGACAUGUUCUUCCCUUGGGCCACGGAGGCCUCCGCCAAGAUCGGCAUCCCGAGACUCGUGUUUCACGGGAUCGGGUGUUUUCCCCUGUGUGCUCUUCACAGCCUCAGAACUCACAAGCCGUUCAAUAAACGUUUCCUCUGACUCGGAGUCGUUUGUCCUUCCUGGUCUUCCGCACCGGGUGAGUCUCACUAGACUGCAGGUUCCACCGUCCGAACGCAAAGGCAGCGACGACAGGGGAGAUGAUGACUCGGCCAUGUCGGAGUUCAUGAAACGAAUUUGGGAGACGGAGGAGACCAGCUAUGGGGUCAUCUUCAACAGCUUCUACGAGCUCGAACCGGAUUACGCGGAGCACUACAGGAAUGUUCUUGGUCGGAGGUCCUGGUUUGUGGGGCCACUUUCUCUAGGAAAGCGGGACAUGGAGCACAAAGCCGAAAUAGGGAAGAUGCCCGUCAUUGACGAGAAAGAAUGCUUGGAAUGGCUGGAUUCCAAGAAACCCGAUUCCGUCGUUUACAUUUGCUUCGGGAGCCUUGCGAAAUUCUCAGACUCUCAGCUCCGGGAAAUGGCCGUCGGGAUCGAGGAUUCCGAGCAGGAAUUCAUCUGGGUGUUGAGGUCAACGGUGGAGGAGGAAAAAGAAUGGAUUCCGGGUGUGUGCGGGCGUGCCCAUGGUCACCUGGCCCAUCCUGGCAGAGCAGUUCGUCAACGAGAAGAUGGUGACGUAUAUUCUGAGGACGGGCGUAGGAGUGGGUUCGAAAGAGUGGACGGUGUCAGAGAGCGAUGGCGUGAAGGGAGAAGCAGUUGCGGAGGGGUGAUGAUCGGCGAGGAGUCAGAGGAGAUGAGGGGCAGAGCCAAGGCGUUGAAAGAAAAGGCGAGAAAGGCGGUCGAGGAAGGAGGGUCUUCUUACUCCGACUUGAGUGCUCUCCUCGAUGAAUUGAGAGCAUAGAGCUUACAAUGCAUAAUAACAAAUUAAUUACAAGGACCAUAUGUUUUUAUUUUCUAAUAGAGGACCAUUGGUAAUUAUCUAUUAGUCAUUAUUCAAAUAAAUGUCCAGCAUCACUUAGACAUUAUUCUUCUCACUAGUCAUUAUUAAGUCCUAUUUAGGGAAUAAAAAAAUUUAAGCUUACAUUGGGAAAUGACUUAUGUUUUAGUCCUAUUCUGUGCAAAUUUCACAUGGUUAAUAUGAUUGAGGAGUAUGCAUUGAUCCUCUUUUGUAAAUCACCACGGGCAUCUGUGCGAUUA